UGCAGCUUAGGUGAAAAUGCCUUGUGUAAAAGCAGCUCAAGCUGGAAGACAGGGCCCUGCAAAGAGACAUCUUGCAGAACAAUUUGCAGUUGGGGAAAUAAUAACUGACAUGGCAAAAAAGGAAUGGAAAGUAGGAUUACCUGUUGGCCAAGGAGGCUUUGGCUGUAUAUAUCUUGUUGAUAUGAAUUCUUCAGGGUCAGUUGGAAGUGAUGCACCUUGCGUCGUAAAAGUGGAACCCAGUGACAAUGGACCUCUUUUUACUGAAUUAAAGUUCUACCAACAAGCUGCAAAACCAGAGCAAAUUCAGAAAUGGAUUUGUACCCAUAAGCACUACCUGGGUGUUCCUAAGUAUUGGGGGUCUGGUCUACAUGACAAAAAUGGAAAAAGUUACAGGUUUAUGAUAAUGGAUCACUUUGGGAGUGACCUUCAGAAAAUAUAUGAAGCGAAUGCCAAAAGGUUUUCUCAGAAAACUGUCUUGCAGCUAAGCUUAAGAAUUCUGGAUAUUCUGGAAUAUAUUCAUGAGCAUGAGUAUGUGCAUGGGGAUAUCAAGGCCUCAAAUCUUCUUCUGAGCUACAAGAAUCCUGACCAGGUGUACUUGGUAGAUUAUGGCCUUGCUUAUCGGUACUGCCCAGAAGGAGUUCAUAAAGAAUACAAAGAAGACCCCAAAAUAUGUCAUGAUGGCACUAUUGAAUUCACGAGCAUCGAUGCACACAAUGGCGUGGCCCCAUCAAGACGUGGUGAUUUAGAAAUACUUGGUUAUUGCAUGAUCCAAUGGCUUACUGGCCAUCUUCCUUGGGAGGAUAAUUUGAAAGAUCCUAGAUAUGUUAGAGAUUCCAAAAUUAGAUAUAGAGAAAAUAUUGCAAGUUUGAUGGACAAAUGUUUUCCUGAGAAAAACAAACCAGGUGAAAUUGUGAAAUACAUGGAAACAGUGAGAUUACUAGACUACACUGAAAAACCUCUUUAUCAAAAUUUGCAUGAUAUUCUUUUGCAAGGACUAAAAGCUAUAUGGAGUAAAGAUUAUGGCAAUUUGGACCUCAGUGUUGUGGAGAAUGGAGGCUUGAAAGCAAAAACAGUAACAAAGAAACGAAAGAAAGAAAUUGAAGAAAGCAAGGAAUCUGGUGUUGAAGAUAUGGAAUGCUCAAAUACACAGACAGAGGAACCCAUACAGACCCAAAAUGAGGAUUCAAGAACCAGAAAGAGAGUCCAGAAGUAAUUCAGAUGCUGUGAACCAGCUUCUCUUUUCU